UCUGUGCAAGUUCCAGGCGCUCUGCACUCGCCAUCCAAAGGCGUGGCGGCGCGAGUCAUGAAUCGUAUGGGUGUGCUGGGCUGCGCAAGGCUGCGGUGGGCGCUGCUGGGGACGCGGAUGGCUCUCCCUGGCGUCGUCUCCCACGGGGCCAGAGCCAAGGCCGCGACCCCCAGCGCCCUCCCUGCGGCCCAGGCAGCCAAGGCUCCUGGAACCGGGCCUGGCGAUCGGCGGCUGCGGAGCCUGGAGGAGCUUUCAGGCCCAGGGCAGCUGCGUCUCUUAUUCCAGCUGUUCGUGCAAGGCUACGUUCUGCACUUGCACCACCUCCAGGUGCUGAACAAGGCCAAGUAUGGUCCAAUAUGGAUAAACCGCUUAGGGCCUCAGAUCCAUGUGAACCUGGCCAGUGCCCCGCUCCUGGAGCAAGUGAUGCGCCAAGAGGGCAAGUACCCAGUACGGCACGACAUGGAACUAUGGAAGGAGCACCGGGACCAGCAGGGCCUGACCUAUGGGCCCUUCACCACGGAAGGACAGCAGUGGUACCGGCUCCGCCAGGCUCUGAACCAGCGGUUGCUGAAGCCAAAUGAGGCUGCGCUCUACACAGAUGCUCUGAAUGAGGUGAUCGAGGACUUCAUGACUCAACUGAAACAGCUGCGGGCAGAGAGCGCCUCGGGGGACCAUGUGCCCGACAUCGCUCACCAUUUCUACUUCUUUGCCUUGGAAGCUGUUUGCUACAUCCUGUUUGAGAAACGUAUUGGCUGCCUGGAGCGCUCCAUCCCCCAGGACACCAAGACCUUCGUCAAAUCUGUCAGGCUCAUGUUCCAUAACUCAGUGUACGCCACCUUCCUCCCCAAGUGGACUCGUUCCUUGCUGCCCUUCUGGAGGCGAUAUCUGGAUGGCUGGAACACCAUCUUCUCUUUUGGGAAGAAGCUGAUUGAUCAGAAAUUAGAGGAGAUAGAGACCCUACUUCAGACAGGGGGCCCAGAGGAGGCCCAGAUAUCUGGUUACCUGCACUUCCUGCUGACCAGCGGACAGCUCAGUCCUCGUGACGCCGAGGGCAGCCUGCCCGAGCUGCUCCUGGCUGGAGUAGACACGACGUCCAACACGCUGACGUGGGCCCUGUACCAUCUUUCAAAGAACCCAGAGAUCCAGGCGGCCCUGCAUGAGGAAGUGGUGGGCACAGUGCCCGCCGGGCAGGUGCCCCAGCACAAGGACUUGGCCCACAUGCCCCUGCUCAAAGCUGUGCUUAAGGAGACACUGCGCCUCUAUCCUGUGGUCCCCGUGAACUCCCGGGUCAUCAUGGACAAGGAAAUUGAAGUUGGUGGCUUCCUCUUCCCCAAGAAUACCCUGUUUGUGUUAUGCCACUAUGUGGUGUCCCGGGACCCUCUCAUCUUCCCUGAGCCGGACAGCUUCCAGCCCCAACGUUGGCUGAGGAAGAGCCAGCCUGAUGCCCUCAGGGCCCAACACCCAUUUGGCUCUGUGCCCUUUGGUUACGGGGUUCGGGCUUGCCUGGGCCGCAGGAUUGCAGAGCUGGAGAUGCAGCUGCUGCUGACAAGGCUGAUCCAGCAGUACGAGGUGGCCCUGGCCCCUGAGACAGGGGAGGUGACAAGUCUGGCUCGAAUCGUGCUCGUUCCCAAUAAGAAGGUGGGCCUGCGUUUCCUGCAGAGACAGAGCUGAGCCCCCUUCCCACCCUCCCUGGCACGUGAAGAAGGAGAGGAAAGGGCUGCCAGGUGCCAGAGGUUGGAGAAACUCAGUGUAGUUCCUGUAGAACCCUGAGCUUUUGCCACUUUCAUCAUUUUGAGCAUCUCCCUCUCAGAUAAAAAGCCACCUCCAUGGCACAUUGCUAACCUUGGGGAAAAUAUAGAAUAAAGGGGCUUUUAUUCAUA